CCGUACUGGGGCAGUUGCCUGCCCGCGUAGCUUCAGAAGACUUGCCUGGUUCCACGCCACAAAUCAUGAGUGUGGAGUGUGAGCUGAAGCUGGGCGCAAGUACAGCAGUGAUCUUGGAUCCGAGGACAACCCUCGGCGCGCACCGCACCACGGUGGAUUGCCUUUACAUUGCAGGUGGGUCAAUGUUCCUCAUGGCAAUCUUCCUCUUGUACAAGCUUGUGAGACAGAAUCUCUUGUCAGACACUUUGUUCCUGCUCUUUUUCAUUUUGAGCGCCUUGGGCUGGAUCCUCAUGGGCCUUGCUGGUGACUUCCUGGUGGCUGGAGAGAACUGGGCUACCAAGGUGGCCAAAGUGCUCAUCACCUUGUCCUGGGCUUUCUUGCUGCUGAACUGCUGUUGUGUUUUAGAAGGCGAUUUGCUCCAGAAAGGGGCCCGCAAUGUCAUGUGGGUGUCGACCAUCUUUGUGGUUGGCCUGUCGCUGGCAGCCUCGGCGGCGAAAUUGGGGGAAGACCUGCAGGGCAUCAUGUUCUUUGCGACGAUGCUCUCGUGGUCGUGUACUAUGGGAUGGGCUGUAGCCCACCACUUUGUGAAGGUAGAAGACCAGGAGUACUGCAUGAAAGCCUUCUUUUCCUUCGUGGCUGGUGCAGGGACCCUGACAGCUGCCAUUCUUGAGCCACUCUGUGGCUACGCUGGGCACUCCAACUGCUACGAAGAGUGUUUUGGAACACCGGGCGUGCAUGUUCUUAUUUGGCUAGUCCCAACCUUGGGGAGUUACAUGGGCUUGUGCUUUUGCCACCAUUGCUGUCCAGACAAAGCCGUGAUGCCCCCCAUCUUUUGUGGGAGGACCACUUUGGAUCCGACCCCACCCCCGGAUCCACCGAAACCGCCGGAACCGGAGCCACCAGAACCCGUGCCUUGUGUAGUAUAAUCAAUAUGCCCAACAACACAGUGAAAACACGUGAGAUUGCUUGGGCCCUUUCACACGACUGUAUACAGAUUUGGAAUUCCCUUCUGAG